AUGAAGAAAAACAUGUUAACAAGUGGAGAGCUCAUACAGGCCAAGCAAAGCAGCGCGAACACCAGCAGAACAAGGGGAAAGGAAAGAGACAACUCACGGAACACAAAGGGCAAUGACCACAACAGAGAGCGCUCCUGCACCUCUCCUCAUGCUCCAGCCAAGUCCAAAGGGGAAAGUGCAAAACUCUCAUCCCAAAUGCUAAAAAAUGCACACAAUACUGAAGUUCCACACCACAGCGUGUUACCGAAGCUUGAGAUGCUGCUCAAGACACACGCCUACCAGACAGCGCCAAGGCCCACAGACCCCCCCGACGUAGUGCAGCGGGAACACACUCGACGACGGCUACGGCGAUAUGAAAUUGGAAUGACUCAAAGUCCAAGAAUAUUUCUGCGGGAUUUAGCACCCGCCUUCGGUAACGCGACGCCGGGCAGCAGCCUCCGACUGAACGGCAUCGAGGUCUUGCUUCACCUGCCCCUCGCCCGCUUCCCUGGGCAGCACGUCACCCGGCAACUCACACGCCCCGCCAGGAAACCCGUGUCGUCUGCGGGACUCUCGCUCCUUCUUCCAACUCUAACCGAGACGACCCGGUUCUAUGCUCCCGGCUCCGGAGACAGCGGCCGGCACCGAGCUGCAGGGAGCGGACACGGCGGUCCGGUGACGCCGCUGCCCCCGCCGCACGGAACCGAGCCCUCCGGGGCCGGAAGAGCGCAGCGCGGCUGCAGCGGGUCUCAGACGACCGCGGACACGCACGCGGGUCCCAGGAACUACGCGAGCCGGCGACCCCGGGAUUCGGGGCCCGCGUCGGUGCGCACCCGGCUGCCCAACACGCUCCUCCGGGACGCGCUUCCCCCUCACCCUAAGGAAAAGCACGACGCACGCACGGAGCCAGCUGGGCCUCCGGGGCCCUCCGCGGCCGGCGCUUCCCCCCAAGCCCGCGGGUGGUCCCCGCUCCCAGCCCCGCUGCCAGCGCCCCGCACUCUCGCCCGACCCGCAGCGCGGACGGCGGCCCGGGGCCAGCGGGGUCCCUCCGCUUCCGCCGGGGGCGGCCGGGGCGGCGCCCCCCUCUCACACCUGCCCGCCAGGCCCGGCUCCGCCGCCCGCGAAGCCCCGAUCCGCAGGGCGCCCCGCACAGGCAGGGGGAGGCCACAGCUCAACCGGCAGCCGCGCCGCGCCGAGCGCCGACCCGCGAGUGGGGCGCGCGCCCCCCGCCUCCGCUCGCGGCCGCUCCCCCGCGGCCCGAGCCCCCACUGCCACGGAACGCGGCGCGGGACUCCCCGUUACCUGCGGGAGGGCGGCCGAGGGUCUUGGCUCGGGGACCCUCUUCGCCCCCUGCUGACACCAAGCGCCCUCGCCUACCCUAUGCGGCCGGGGCCACCACACGCGCAGUCUUCGCGGGGGGACGCUCCCUCCGCCACCAUAGAGACGGGUCCGGAAGCCGGACAGAACGCCAGCCUUCAGGCCUCCGACGCCGCCACUGAGGAGAACGAACCCGAAACCGAGCUAGAGCGGCCGCAAAGGCCAGUCUUUAUUCCAGACAAGCAGGGAGGUGCUGCCGGACUCCAAAGAGAACAGAACACGGAAGCCUAACGCAUUAUUGCUUUCGUGGACUUUCAACCUGGCGAGAACGUGUAUGUGCGAUUUUUGAAAUCUGAGGAGGUAUCAGUAUUUUCCACAUUCCCAUUAAACUAGCAACGAAGACACAAAAGACCUAACACUCACCUCACUGAAAACCUCAGUGUACCCCCAAUGCUUGAAUGUGGGAAGACUUGCCGAGGCAGUUGGGGGGAUUUAGGAAAAAUCCUCCAGGUGACACUUGGAAACGUGGGAAAAAAGUGAAGAUCAGUUUAUAUAUCUCGAAUCCUGUUUCAUGACCGGAGACAAGACAGCUGGUAAAAACUCAUCUUGUUACAAGAAACAAAGACUCUAGAAGCGGGCGUGCGGCUGGGUUGAAGAAAAACCGUUCUUGUCUGUGGGACCUUCUGACAAUCCGGCUUGGGUUUGCAGCGCGCCCCCGCGGGCCUGGAGUGAACCCCCCGCGCGGGGCCCGGUGGGAGCCCGACGCCAGCUGCGGUCACAGCGCGACUGUGGUCGUGGCAGGUCAUCUUGUGCCACGUUCGUCACGCGUCAUUCCCGGAGCUUCGGUCAAGUUGCGGUAAGCUGGAGAGUGCAGUUCUGUGCAGAGCAGCGUGGGAGGCGCUUCGCCUGCAUUUGGCAGGGGACAGGCGAGGGGACAGUGUCUCCUACCCAGGUCCUGCUGGACACAGCAGCUGCUCGCUGUCGGGGGCGGCGCUACGGUAAUGAAGGUGACCGAGGGCCGCAGGGUGGGGACAAAUUAAGGAAACAGAACCGAGGAAGCCGUUCUGGCCCUGUGUGAGAGGGCAGCUCGGGGAGCUCUGAGAGAGAGCAGAAGGCUCCUGAGGAGAGCUCAUUUCCAGCCUGAGCCGUGGCAGUUCAGCUAGUAAAGCGCACGUGACUUCCAUUUGCAGGCAACACCUAGCGAGGCCGGACACUCGCUAGUCUGCAAACGGUGCUUCUAAAAGUGCCGGAGGCCAAACUCUUUGGUUCUCUGAAGUAAGAAUUUCAGAUACUCUCCCUUAUUCCUGUAGUGAAACUUUCCUUCAUAAAUAAAGAUAAAUCAGCUCAUGCCUGAAUGGGAAGUUCACAAUUUCAAAAUUUGUGAAGCCCUAAAAUAAUGAAAACAAUCACACAGGGAGGGGAGCACGUGCACCUCAGUGAGCGCAGCCCUAGGACGGCCUGAGUGCCCCGCACGCCCUUCCCCAGUCAGCUCCCCACAGCGUGAGGGAAGUUAUGCUCCGGAAUGUUUGCUUUCUCCUUCUCUUAACGUCACCUCUUCCAUGUGUCUAGACUUUGUAUGUGGCAUAAAUAACACGGCAGGAUAUCUGUUUUGAGUUUACUGGAUUGGAAACUGGAGACGCGUCACGUACUGACCAAACGCACGAGCUUGGGCACGUCUCUUCGUGUCCCCUGGCCACAGCUUCUUCAACGGAAGGAGUGGGACAGGGCUCGGCAUCAAAGGCUCUUUCCAGCUUUCACGCUCUGUGGUUAAACGGAAACUGGGACAAAUAAAUGGGUGCUUUCAGGAAGAUCGAUUAGGUUGUGAGGUCGAAGACACAAAUCGUACCUUAGAGUCACUCCCCGGGAGCACACAUGCUUCCUGAUACACAGCGGGUGAUUAAGACAAUCUGUUCACAAUAUUUAAAAUUUUUAUGUGUUUGGUCUCUCAAAUCCAUAGAUACACUGAGUUAUUUUAAAGGCUCUUUCCAGCUCUAUUAUUCUAUGCUUAAAAUAUAAAUCAAGCCAAAUAAAUACUGUAGUAGACCACUGAGGUUUUAAAAUUCCAGGACAGAAGUCUUAUUUUUGAUCUGUGUAUUCCCUUCAAAGCCUAACAUAACUCCUUCCAUAGCAGGUACUCAAGGAACUAUCUCUGUGUUACGGUUAUUUGUUUUGCUGUGUUUGUCAAGUAUAUUUCCAACACUGUAACAUUAAUGAGUUGCUUUCAAAAUUCAUUAUUAACUAUAAUGUCUAUUUCUUACCACCCAAAUCUUACAAAAACAAGAAAACAAAUGGGAAACAGGUGAGAAAAAUAUUCUGUUCCUUAGUUUUCCUGUGAGACGGCUUUUCCAUACUUUAGAUGACACGAAUAGUAAAAUUUAAAAACCCAAUACGAAUCUAGUUUCACAUGCACUACCAGACGUCUCAGGCUUUCUACCUUAAAAUCAGAAAGACAAGAAUUCAAGUUGCUGAAGAGACUCUAUGCAUAUGUAACAUAAUCUACGGCACACGUUCCAUUACUCAUUGAAAACUAGUUAACUUUGGGAAGCAGCCCUGGAAAGGCAGACGGCAUGGGAAAAAAAGGAUGAUAUUCUUUUCAUAAACUUGAAAGCCACACACAUCAUCUGGAGU